AUAAAAUUUUCAACGCCUUUCAGUUCCGAUGGCACACAACAGAUUCUUCCCUCUCCACAGCAAAAUCACAAAGUCAAAAACAAUGAUCCAACGCCAUUAUUUCCUCCUCCUACUCCUCUUCACUCUGCUACAUUCCAUCACCGCUUCCUCAUCCGACGCCGCAUACCCCACUGUCGACGAUGACUGCGGCUGCGGUGCAAGCUCCACCGACGACGACCUCCUCCUCUUCCCUGAGCGAAAUGAAGUGUACGGCAACGGAAGAAUCAUAGACAUCAGCCACAGGUACGUAAGCGACAUGCCGUCGUGGGACUCCAAGGAGGGUAUAGGAAUGUUUAUCCGCCUCUUUGAAAGCUUGAAGAAUGGCUCCAUGGCCAACUUCUCAGAAUUCAAGUUGUCCGUACACUCCGGCACCCAUGUGGAUGCGCCGGGACAUGUUUACGAUCACUAUUACGACGCCGGGUUCGAUGUUGAUACUCUGGACUUAGAGGUUCUAAAUGGUCCAGCACUGUUAGUUGAUGUUCCAAGGGAAAGCAAUAUAACAGCUGAAGUUAUGAAGUCCUUGGAAAUUCCCAAGGGAGUACGCCGGGUGCUUUUCAGAACUUUAAACACUGACAGGAAGCUUAUGUUCAAAAAGGAGUUUGACACAAGCUAUGCUGGGUUCUUGGAGGAUGGAGCAAAAUGGCUAGUUGAGAACACAGACAUCAAAUUUGUUGGAAUUGAUUACUUGUCUGUGGCUGCCUAUGCUGAAGCCAUUCCAACACAUCUUGUUUUCCUUAAAAGCAGGGAAAUCAUUCUGGUGGAGGGCCUAAAACUCGACAAUGUUAAACCAGGACUAUAUAAUGUCCACUGUUUGCCUCUGAGGUUGCUUGGUGCUGAGGGAUCACCAGCCAGAUGCAUUCUUGUCAAAUGACACACAUUCAUAUUCACAUUUUGAGCUCUGUAUUUUCAAAAUAAUUAUGUAUUACGUUUAUCCAAUGUCCAAUAAAUAUAUUUUCUUCA